CAAGCCUGGGGCGAAAUCCCAAGGGGUGAAUAUAAUGCAGGCUUGGACACCCUGGUGCAUGUUGCCAUCUCCCUCUGACGUUCUCUUGCCUCCAAGUGGGUCUUUUACAACCACUAACUACCUUUCCUCGAGUCAAUAGCCUCCACGACAUACCCUCAAAAAAUCUAACGCUAACGAUUUAUCAUUUCCUGGCCACCCUUUGCCCCCCCCUCUGGCAAACAGGAGCGCACGACACCGCGGAGCACCUCCCACCGCCUCACGACGCGUAUCUACAUCUGGACGACAUAAUCCCGCAUAGCGCCAAAGAGGAGUCACCCUGUCCACACGGUGCACACGCGGUCGACGUACGCACAAAAGCAUCACUGCGGCUACCUAUAAAGCCACGCCCGUUCGGUCACAACACCCAACACACUUUCUUCCCCGGAAAAGAAACGCCGAUGUCGGAAUUGACUCGGGCAGCAUUCUACGUCUACAAUACUUUCAAGCGCGAGUGGGUCGUAUGGGAGCGCUCAGCUCAGCCACCAGGUCACGUCUGGAAUUGGCCUAAUCCAGCCCAGCGCAACUUCACCGCUCUCACUUGGAACGUCUCAUGCGACCCGGCAUUCGCGGUCGCUCGCGCACAUUCAUUGAUGUCCCGGUUCGUCGCUAUCGGACCUGAUAUCGCCGGAAUGCAGGAAGUGAGCGGGUGCUCUGAAGAUGACGCUGGAGCACCUGGCUAUCGUGGGCGCGGGUUCUGGGAUGUUUUGCAUGAGAACGCCUUCGUCCGCAGAGAAUACAUCAUCACCAUGAUUGAGGAGCAGAAUGUACGCAUGUUCGAUGGAGACGCACCCUACGGUUCUAUCCUGCUACUUCGCCGCACAUUCAUCUCCAUCAUACCGCAAGUAGUGCCCUGGUACUGCGCUCUGGAGAGCAGGGACUACUCCAACCUCGUCGGUGUAGACCUGUGCGACAUUAGUGGUCAACCCUGGUUCAGUAUCGCCACAGGUCAGUUUGAGGCUUCUCCACAGGAGCCAGACGGGCACGGCGCAGGUGCAGAUGCAGAAUAUGCGAAGCUUUCGCGCGCCGCGCAGUUUCACUACAUCUCCCGACGCGGUGGCGCGCUGGGCAGAGCCAUGGGCUUCAACGCUCUCUUGCUGGCGGAUCUGAGUAUCCGCUCGCUCGAAGAAACCCAGGUUUUCCAACAAGCAGGGUUCACCGAUGUGUACCGUGCCGCGAACCCGGCGCAGAACCCGAACGAAGGUGCGACGAUCGGUGGUUUGAGCAUGCAGCUCGUAGGUUUCCCACCGCAAAACGAAGAGAGGAGAAGACAGGACUUUAUCUUUGCAAAGGGAGAGUGGCUUACUGGGGCCACAGCCGAGCUUAUAGGCUCAACCCCGCUCCGCCCAGGAUCGUAUGGAGAAAAUCUCGUGGAUGCAAUGGGCAGACCACUGAGGGUGUGGCCUAGCACUCAUAAGGGAGUUGUUUCGAGGAUGUUGGUGGGCCAACAAGAGCAAGACGAGGGCAGGCAAGGCCCAGCGCCUGGGAAACGAGCACGGAUACACUGA